AUGUCCAAGGUGUCCCAAUAUUCGACCAGCCUCUACUACUCCGCUCGCGACGCCAUGAUUACGAAUGGCUAUAACGCCGUCACCCAGGCUAACGGUACCGUGGAUUCCGACUGGACGACCUGUGUCGGCUGUGCGAUUCUCAGCCGCUCGUUUGAUAGGAAUGACACCCCGGUCCCGGGGGCUUGUAGUCGGUGUUUCCAGCGUUACUGCUGGAAUGGCACGAUUGAUGAUCCGACUCCGGCGCCAUAUGAAUCGUCAGUGCUUUUGCCGAAUACAACUACGCCCAUACCGGCUCCACGUAUAGAUUAUCCUCAGCAGCAAGAGUUGAAUUCAUUGUAA